AUGCGCGUUCAGACCCCGCGAGGCGCUUCCAUCGUGACUCCGAGUAACUCCGCCCGAAAUAAUGAAAUCUCUCACGCCACCGCCACGAUCUGGGCCUGUCCUAAUCUCGCUCAGAUUCCCCGCCGCGCCACUGUCUGCGGUACCGCCACCAGCAGCCACGCUGCUCUCCUCCCGCUGCCCUUCGUCGCUGCCCUCUUCUGCCUCUCGCCCCACUACAUCCCAGAAGACCCCCAUGCGUUUCCCAAAUACCGAGUGACCUUCUUGAACGGCCUGCCCGUCCUUAAUCAGACGGCAGACUCGUGGCUGCAGGGCGGCCUUAAAGGCGGCGAACGGGAGUUUCUCGAACAGCCGCUGGACGACGAUCAAUGGCAGGCGAAUCCAUUUCGCAAGGGUAUUGGUAGCGGAGAUGACCUGCAGCAGGACUCUCUGAGCGAGCCGCCCAUUGAGAGGCCUGCUGUUAACUAUUCGCUAGAGCUUAUGAAAAUUGGGCCCCAUCAUUCCUAUCUCUGCUAUAUCCCCCCACCGCCGGCCAACCCACCGCCGACGGAGGACAGCCAGCCAAAUGUCACCCCCGUGCAUAGUUGGUCUCUACUGCAGCCGCUCUCUGGUACAUGUUUAUACCACAAGCAAGGUUGGUUUACAUAUUCGUAUUGCCAUAAUUCGCACGUCCGUCAAUUCCGGGAGAUGCCCCAUGCGCACCCGCACCCUGGGGGUUACAGGCCAGAAGAGGACCCUGAUAGCACCCCCUGCCCGGAGCCUGGUGCGGAGCUGACUGUCUCCGAAGAAGCCGCGCUCGCGGCCGAUGUCGAGUUGGCCCGAGACGCUGGCUCGAAUUACCUGGUUCAGCGCUGGGGCGACGGUACAAUCUGUGACAAAACUGGCAAGCACCGGAAAGUAUAA